AUGCCGCCCAAAAAGAAGCAAAAAAAAGAGCACCUUGCCCUUCCGGCGGCAGAUGACGCAGACGUGGACAUGGAUCCUGGACCUUCGAAGGAACACCUGAUGAAGGUGCAUGAUGCUUUAGCCGUCAUUUACUCACAUGGUAUGUUCAAGGACAUCCUCACAGCGGAGCCUUUGUCCGUCAAAGAUGGCGGCAGAGAAGCAUCACUGGAUCUGCCUCAGGCUGCUUCGGCCUUGAAAAACGUGGGCGUCUACAAGUGCGCGGCAAAUUUUUUCCACCAAGACUUCUUGUUUUUGGCCACCCACAAGGUUCCCAUCAACAGUGCACAGGUGCAACAAAUCAAGCAGCACUGGUUUCCUUCGAACGAGCCACCGUCGUUGUGCCCCUUUACCAUCACUGUUGCUCUGGAAACACCUGCUUGCAUCGGCAAGCGUCCGGACAAUGGAUUUCAGCGCCUCAGUCCUCCAGAGCCGGUGCAUGCCCUGCUGUUCGCCCUCGCCGAAGCCAUUGAAACCAAAGCCAAGGUUGGAGUCUUGCGCGCCUUGAAGAAUUGCAUUCUCACGGCCACCUUUGUUUUUGAAAUCUGUCCCAUUGGUGAACAACGGUAUUGGCGCGCGGCCAAUAUUCGUGAGGAGAUGGUGGAGAAGGGGCUGUCCGUUCAGAUGAGCUUGAG